UUUGUUCACACUUAUUUCAAUUUUACUUCAUAUAAAUUGCUGUCAAAACAAUGAGCCCGCGAAAUAAGUAGGGAAAACUGCGUAGUCAGGACUGAAGGGGCAUUAGAAACUACUGCCCCCUCUGUCAGCAGGAGAAAAGCCUACAACGAAAGGAAGAGAUGGGCAGCCGUGCGUGGCCACCGACAUCUCAUAUUGCCCAUUUCAGCGAGGAAAAAUGGUCAAAAUUGGAGUAAUAUUGGAGGAAAGCUGUAUGGGGUCGUGCAUAAAGUUACUUUUUGACAGGCCGGUACAGCGCUUGGUGUUAUUUGCACAUUAUAGACACGGGCUUGGGCUGCUUUUCCUGUAACGGAGCUGGCCAGGCUCUUCCUAACCCGGGACAGCUGGGCUUCAAGCAGCACAACCCAGUACGAAUGCUGGCUCCACCGGCAUCUCUAACACGUUUUUCAGAUGAUGUGGCCACAGUAGUAGAAGUGUCAACAGGCAGCCCGGCAAAACUUGCUGCUCGCCAGAUAAACUUAUGAAGCAGGGAUGUUGCUUAAUUAAAACAAACGCAUCGGGCGCAGGAGAGGAUGUUGGGGUAGUUGUGGUGCCUUACAUCAUUUUGGUCUGCCAAUUGACCAUUGAACUGGCUGUUUCUCUCUUACUGUGUUUGUUCCUUUACUAGUUCUUAGGUGUCGAACCCUCAUAAGCAUUGCCGACUUUAGAAAUGUACACGACUGGUGUGUUUAUCAGAACUGCAUGAAGCGCCUGUUGAUUAAUUUACGGGUCGCCAUCUUUCGCGCAUGCGCAAUGUGUGCGCUCAUAUGUUGCGCUUUGAUUAACCAGGCGUAAUAAACUUUCACGUUUUAAACCGCUUCGGUGACUCCCACCGUCAUGAAACCUAUUAAUUAUUGACCCUUUUGCCAAUCUGGGCCCCUGUUUCCUAAUUUAGGAAUAGGCGGUGAUAUUUACGAAGAUAAUAUGCUCUCUUUUGGAGAAAUACAUUAGACGUUUCAAAGACCCAUUGAGAAAUUGUUCCUUAGGACGGUGAUAAUAAUUUUGAAAAUAAUUUGAAGAUGUUACAAAGACGUGUGAAAAUGGGAUCUUGGAUUAGGUUAGAUUUAACGUGGUAACCCUGACCUGAUAGUGAGGACCUCAGUUUCAUUUCUACAGCAGGUUUCCGCAGGUGAUUGUGGGGUUUUGCUGCAAAUCUCCUGAAAAGCUUUGUUUUUCAAGGUUUAUUUUGGUAUCCAGUUUAGUGGGAUUCUCUGGAGAAAUUGAGGGUAAAAUUGACCAGUACUUUUGGUCGAACCAUUGAAAAAUCAAUGGAUGAUUUCGGUGCGUUUUUCUGAAAGAAAUAACAAGGUGCGACUGAGAGUGUUGGGAAACACAUGCUAGAGGCUUGCGACAAUAACCUGGAGAUGGCUGUCACUAUGUUUCUGGAUGGAGGGGGUAUGGUUGAAGAGCCUAGCACCAGCUCCAGCUCUGCAGGGGCCUCCAGCAGCAGAGCACCCCCUACAGAGGAGGAGGUGCGAGCCCCUAUACCACAGAAGCAAGACAUCCUGGUGGAACCAGAGCCAUUGUAUGGAGUGCCAAAAAGACGACGGCCAGCCAGAUCCAUCUUCGACGGUUUCAGAGACUUCCAGACAGAGACCAUCCGACAGGAGCAAGAGCUGAGGAAUGGCAGCACAGUGGAUAAGAAACUCAGCACCCUGGCAGACCUGUUUAGACCCCCCAUUGAGCUAAUGCACAAGGGCAGCUUUGAGACGGCCAAGGACUGUGGACAGCUGGAGAACAAGUGGCUGAUGAUCAACAUCCAGAACGUGCAGGAUUUUGCUUGUCAGUGUCUGAACAGGGAUGUGUGGAGCAACGAUGCCGUCAAGACCAUCAUCAGAGAGCAUUUUGUGUUCUGGCAGGUAUACCACGACAGCGAGGAGGGCCAGCGCUACAUCCAGUUCUACAAGCUGAACAAGUUCCCUUACAUCUCCAUCCUGGACCCCCGCACAGGCCAGAAGAUGGUGGAGUGGAACCAUCUAGAUGUGCCGUCCUUCUUGGAGCAGGUGACGGGAUUUCUGACGGAGCACGGGCAGCUCGACGGCCUGUCCAGUCACCCUCCUCCCGCCAAACGCGCGCGCUCUGAGAGUCUGAUUGACGCCAGCGAGGACAGCCAGCUGGAAGCUGCCAUUCGAGCCUCACUGGAGGAGACCCACUAUGAGUCUCAGCAGACUCGGCCGGACUCGCGCUCUGAGGAAGACUCGGACGCAGAGCCCUUCUCAGACAGCGAGGGGCUCAUCUCCGUGGACGGCUCCGAUGAAGAGGUCCCCACCCAGGCUCCACCCCCCUGCCCGGACAGUCCCGCUCGCCACCGGAAGUCCCCACACAAAGAGUCCAGCCACAGGAAGGAGGAGAGCAAGAAGAACCAUCUGGAGACGCCGGUCACGUCACAGCCCUGCAGAGAGGGUCUCGGCACGGCGCGGAGGCAGAACUCGGGAUCGAGGGUGUGCGAGCCCGGCGCUGAGGAGCAUGGCAAUGCGGGCCAACCCAGCGACAGCGGUCCGAAGGCUCAGCUAAUGCUGCGCUACCCGGAUGGGCAACGGGAGCAGAUCGCCCUGUCCGCUCAGGCCACGCUCAUGGCGCUGGUGAGACAUAUCCAGUCUAAAGGUUAUCCAAACGAACGCUUCGAGCUCGUCACCAACUUCCCACGACGGAAACUGUCUCACUUGGACUAUGACAUCACGCUGCAGGAGGCGGGGCUGUGUCCACAAGAGACUGUCUUUGUGCAGGAGAGGAAUUAGGCCGUGUGACGCCCCUCACCCGCCUCACCCUGACAUCACGCUCACUCCAGACCCACAGUUGCUGCAGGCUCCGCCCCUUCCCCUCCGUGUAUUUGGCCCUAAGCGGUGUCCAUCAGCCGGUCGUCUGCUGCUCCAUUCUGUGUACAGUCCAUGGACACAGUUACCCAGCGAACACUGAACGGGGUCCCUGUCGCUACACAUACAUGAAGUCAAUGAGCGUUUGUAGAAUACGGCCUGACUGUAGAGACCAGCACCGGCCAUGAGCUGCUGGGAAAUAAAGAUGGUGGGUCACAUGAUGUUGGUUUCCAGAAACCAUGUGACAUCUGAAGAGGACGUAAUUCUUGUCAUUCUUGUCAGUUAACGUUUUUCAUAUUAAUGAGUUAGUGGCUUCCAGGCAGCUGCAGCUUGGCGAUGCAGACCCGCUCCUCCGAAGGGAGGGAGGUCUUGCGUGGUCAUGGGAAACUGGGAGCCUGCCAUCACCAUGGUGAUCCUGGACCAGAGACUGGGUGUAGUUAUUGACAUGUAGUUACAGGAUUUUCCUUUUUUUCCAUUUUCUUUGAUUUUUAUAUGACCUAUUUCCAGAAAAAAAAGUUGCUGAUUCUGAAAUAUAACCUUCACAUCAAAGGGGGCUUGUUCGUAUGUUCUGUCUGUCCAGCACGUGGAGGGCCCUCAGCCAAUCGCUGACACACAGUGGUAUGUUCCGCAUCGCUCUCCGCCAAUCAAUGGGGUUUAGGCUGUAACUGAGCAGAAGACGGAGUUGGGGUCAGGGGCUGUGACCUUGCCUUCGCCAUCCAGGACCCAAAGGGAACCAUCGACACUAUGCAGCAAACCCAGCUGACUUUGGCUUGGUGGAAGUUGGACCUCAGGUGCCGAUUACCUACUGGUACUGCACGGCCUAGUCCUGCAUUUCCUGGAAGAGCCAUGUUUUUAAAUCUCUGCCAUCUGGUUGAUUUAAAUAGAUUGAGUGUUUGUGCAGAAAAAAUACAGUGGUUGCCAUGGAGUUUUAACGCAGUGGUGGAAACUCAGUUUGUGACACUUUGGAUUUAAACCGUGAAUUUGUGUUGGGUACAAGACUUAGAACGCAUAACAUUACAAGACUUCAGAUAUUCCUCAAAUUGGCAGUCUGUCUAAAAUUAACUUCUAAAUGGGCUGUUUCUCAUGUAGCCAGAUGGGAGCAGUCUAAGUAAAAUAUCUAAGUAAAAUGAUGUUUUUUUUUUCUUAGUCGAUUAUUCUCCAGUGAGGUGAUGCAGUGCAACGUUGGCAUUGUAGCCUUACAUAGCUAGGGUUGUGGGUUUGAUCCCUAAGCCCAGGUGUAUGGAGUUUGCAUGCUGUCCCCUAGUACAAAAACAAGCAGUUUUGCUAAUUGAUGUCUCUAAAUUGCCCAUGAAGUGUGACUGUAAAUGUGCUGUGGCAGACUGGGAAUCCAUGGAGGAUGUCCCGUGCUUUGUGCUUCCUGGUAUUGGUUGCAAGCUCCUGGUGACUCUGUACUGAAAAAAGUGUGUAUGGAUGAAUGAUGGCUAUCAAUGUUUUACCUCCCUUGUUUUCCCUAGAACAGAAGCCCUCACAGACCUGUUUGCAGAUGAGUAUCAGAUAAGCCCCCCCUACCAAAAAAAAAAGAUAAUCCUAACUUUAAAUUGACACACCUGGUGCACAUGGAGUGUGCUGCUCUGAUUGGGUAGAUCAGCUCUGACUGGUUGCAUGCUAUAGAGGGGGUGGAGAUUAAGGACAUAACAGACAUGCAUCAGCCAUUUCGAAGCACCGUCCUUUCAUCCAAUUGAAAACCUGCAAGAUUUCUCGCUAGAAAUUUGAUCACCGAUCUUUUGACUGGGCCGUAGGAUGAAUGCCUUUUUACUCGACUUUAGUUAAUGCACCCUUUUCUGAUUGGAUUAUCAAGGCCCCUGGCGAGGAUAUCCUCAAUGUUUUCACUGUAAAUAAUGCACUGGGUAGGGGUGACUUUUAGUCAGUGUGUGUGCGUGCGUGUGUGGGUGGGUGUGUGUGUCUUUGUCUGUGUGCGUGCAUGUUUGGGUAAAACUUCAUGUGCUUUAAGGGACCAAACUUUUCUGUUUUAUGUACACAGCUUGUCUUAAUAUUUUACUUGAACGAAAUCAACCAAUAAACAGCUUUUUCAGUA